GCCUCCCCCACCUCUCGUUCAAACUCUUAUCCGAAUAAGUCAACCUCGGGGUUGUGGUGUAAAUUGUGAAGGGAAAGCGAGAGUAAAACAAAGCGGAUUGGCGUGUUGAGCCUUGUGGGCCCCCGUUGUUCCGAGCGUUCGUUUCGCGCUGCCUGCUGGGAGUUGUAGUCCUUGACCGGGAGAGCCUGGGAGGCGGGAGAGGGGCCGGGGUUUCUCGGAGCCUGUUCGGCGGGCCGGGUCCGGGGCCUCCCGCUUGGCGUCGUGGGAGCUGCAGGUCUCACCCGCAGAGACGCCGCACGUGGAGCCCGCGCCGCUGCCGUUGCCAGCCGGCUACCGGGCCGAUCCCAGAGAGGAACUAAGUAUUUGAAAUACUUCAACCAUGACUAAAAGAGAAGCAGAGGAGCUGAUUGAGAUUGAGAUUGAUGGAACUGAGAAAACAGAAUGUACAGAGGAAAGCAUUGUGGAACAAACCUACACGCCAGCUGAAUGUAUAAGCCAGGCUAUAGAUAUCAAUGAGCCAAUAGGUAAUUUAAAGAAAUUACUAGAACCACGAUUACAAUGUUCAUUGGAUGCUCAUGAAAUUUGCCUUCAAGAUAUCCAGCUGGAUCCAGAACGGAGCUUAUUUGACCAGGGAGUAAAGACAGAUGGAACUGUACAGCUUAGUGUACAGGUAAUUUCUUAUCAAGGAAUUGAGCCAAAGCUAAAUAUCCUUGAAAUUGUUAAAACUGCGGAAACAGUUGAAGUCGUUAUCGAUCCAGAUGAACACCAGGCUGAAGCAGAAGCCCAUCUUGUUGAAGAAGCUCAAGUGAUAACCCUUGAUGGCACAAAACACAUCACAACAAUUACCGAUGAAACCUCAGAACAAGUGACAAGAUGGGCUGCUGCACUGGAAGGUUAUAGAAAGGAACAAGAACGCCUCGGGAUACCGUAUGAUCCUAUUCAGUGGUCCACAGACCAAGUCCUGCAUUGGGUGGUUUGGGUAAUGAAGGAGUUCAGCAUGACUGAUAUAGACCUCACCACACUCAACAUUUCGGGAAGAGAAUUAUGUAGUCUCAGCCAAGAAGAUUUUUUUCAGCGGGUUCCUCGGGGAGAAAUUCUUUGGAGUCAUCUGGAGCUACUUCGAAAAUAUGUGUUGGCAAGCCAAGAACAACAGAUGAAUGAAAUAGUUACAAUUGAUCAACCUGUGCAAAUUAUUCCAGCAUCAGUGCAAUCUGCUACACCAACUACCAUUAAAGUUAUAAAUAGUAGUACAAAGGCAGCUAAAGUACAAAGAGCCCCAAGAAUAUCAGGAGAAGAUAGAAGCUCACCUGGGAACAGAACAGGAAACAAUGGUCAGAUCCAACUGUGGCAGUUUUUGCUAGAACUUCUUACCGAUAAGGAUGCUCGAGACUGUAUUUCUUGGGUUGGCGAUGAAGGCGAGUUUAAGCUAAAUCAACCUGAACUGGUUGCACAGAAAUGGGGACAACGUAAAAAUAAGCCUACAAUGAACUAUGAGAAACUCAGUCGUGCACUAAGGUAUUAUUAUGAUGGGGACAUGAUUUGUAAAGUUCAAGGCAAGAGAUUUGUGUACAAGUUUGUCUGUGACUUGAAGACUCUUAUUGGAUACAGUGCAGCAGAACUGAACCGGUUGGUCACAGAAUGUGAACAGAAGAAACUUGCAAAGAUGCAGCUCCAUGGAAUUGCCCAGCCAGUCACAGCUGUAGCCCUGGCUACUGCUUCUCUACAAACAGAAAAGGAUAAUUGAGUGAGGCCCAGGACUUUCUGGGAGCCUAAAGUCUUUCUUACAUAUUUAGAGCAAGCAGUUGCUCUUACCUUUAUUUCAAAAUUUGAAUCUUCUUUUAUUUCUAGGUUGUACAAUCCGAUGCAUGAUUUUUUUAUAAAUAUUUCAUACUCUUGUGAAUUUGGAUCUUUUUACUUUGAGCGUAUAUUUUACAAAAUGCAUAUGUUAAAGGAUCGCCACAAUUAUCUGCAGGGAAAGCAGGUUCUUUGUGGGAUAGUUUAACAGUCAGAAAAGCUAAAGUGGUCAGUAUUAAUGCCUAGCCCUACCAAAAAUAGCCAGUAGCAUCUGAAGAUAAAAAAAGUAACAUGUCUCCAGGAAACAGCCUGGCUUAUCUAUUUUUUGAAAUAUUGCUGUUUCCUUUCUCUGCUACUUUAGAUGUUGCUUUACAUAGAAUCAGAAAAUGGAAUUGCUAAGCUAAAGCAUGUGUGCCUGUUUCAUCUAAUCAAGCGGAGUUAAGAUGUUCAUAAAGGAUAAAAUUAUAAUAAUAUUAACAAAUUCCUAAACUAAGAUUAUCAGGUUAUUAAAAUAAUUUACCUAUUUGUAAGAAAAGCAUAAUAAGUUGACUGGCAAAAGAGCAGUACUGAAGAAGAAUGAGAUCCAGGCUUAAGUCUGGCUUAAGCCAUUACUAAUUGUUUCCUGUGUAGAUGACUCGUGUUAGACCAAGAAUUUAAAUUAUUUUGAGAGAGGCAUUCCAAUAAACCAGCUAUUGCAAAUGUAUAUGUAUAUAUAUGUAUAUAUAUAUAUAUAUGUAUGUGUAUAUAUAUAUGUGUAUAUAUAUAUAUAUAUAUCUAUACACAUACAUACAUACAGGAAUUUAUCUCUGUUUUUCCUAUCAGAGAUUGUAAAAACCAAAAGAAGUAUACCUCAGCUAGAAAAUAAAAGUUUGGUAUAGUUUGGUAUAAUGCCUUUUCCAAAAAGAAAAACAAAAAACUACUCUGUAGCCAGUUCAUGUAGCACCACUCAUGUAUUCUGAUAAGUAAGUACUUUAGAUCAGAUAACAGUACCCUUUCAAGAUGCUAGUAAGUUACUUCAAAUGAUCAUCAAAGGGAAACCUAGACUCCAUUAUUGACAGUCUUCUCUUUAAAGAAAAACUUCCCACUUCCUUAUUUUUUUUCCUUUUGAAUCAUAUGUGUAUGUACAAAUAUCAAUAUAUGUCCUUUGACCACUUUAUACAUAUACACAUAUAUAUGAAGGCUUAAAGAUAUUCAAAAGGAAGAUUAUUAAAUUAUUUUUAAUUAAAUAAUUUGUAUGUGAAAUUCCUUACUACAAGCUAACACUAUACAGAGAUAGCUUUAAAAAACAAUCUGUCAUUUCUUUCUUUUGUUGUUUCUAAGGUGUCAUGCACAAGUCAAAUGAAAGACUGGAGGGAGCUUUUAUAGAAAAAAGUUCAUCCCCAAAUAAUCCUUUCUUAAACCUCCCUUAUCAUUUCCUUUUAAAUUCAUCCCCAGAACAGCUUUAGAAGUUGGUUAUUACUGUUGAUUAGCAGGGGCCAGGUGGUACUAGCACUAAUUGGUGGCUUAAAUGAACACCACAUUCAGGAUCCUAGGGACAAGGAAGAGAAGGUAGGUCUGAUUUCCUUUUUUGGUAACCUGAAGUCAUUUUGAAUACUGGCUAUAGGACUUCAACAUGCACUGUUAGUUCAUUUAUAAGUCCUUUAAGAUUCUGCAGUAAAUACCUGAAAAAAAAAAGAAAAUCUGUAUCUUUCAUUUAUAAGUACAGAAAGUAGACUGACAAAUUAUUAGCACUCAUUUGGGCACUGUGACUUUAAGAAUGUCCAAAUAGAAUGUUAUGCUAUGUAACAGUAUAUAGAAACCCUAGCAUCUGGUCACAUAUAAGUAGCUAACAAUGUUUUAAGCCAUCCUUUUAAGUCCUAGGGAAUUGAUAAGUCAUUUCUUGUUUUAAAAAAUACUAAAGUAUAAUCUUCUGGUAUCUCAAGAGCUUAAGAAUCUUGACUUUUAGAUUUGAAAUUCUUUUGAUACAUUAUGUUAAAAUUUUAGCAAAGCAGACAACAGAUUUUUAUAUCUUAAAUUUAUGUAUGUGUUUUGAAGGAAAGGAAUAAAAUCAAAGUUUUUUUUCUCCUUUAAGCAUUCCUCAAACGCUUUUUUCUUCUUUUUACGCUGUAUUCUGUGUUUCCCCCAUUGGGAAGUUUGAGUUAUGUUCUUUCUCGUGUGAAGAGUUUAGAGCGUGAUCAGAUGCUCUUUUCCUGCUUCUCUCACAUAAGCUCGCCAUCUCACCCACAGCUGACAUGUCUCAUUUUUCCAGCUGAUUCAAGAAGCUUUUCUGCUUCUCAACAGAUGAAUAAAAUAUUCUGCUGCCCUUAUUGAGGUUACAGUUUUCUAUUAACUAUAACUGUGUUAAGAAGCUAUAAUUCAUGCUUAGUUGCUUUUUUUCUGUAGAAUGAUACAUUCAAAGAAGACAUAGAUUAUUGAUUAUCUUUUGUACUGAGUACAAGAUAAUGAAAUGUUCACUUUUGUCUUAAAGCUAUCUUUUUCCAUGUGAGAUUUAUAUUUAACCAACUUCCAUACUGUCUUGCUAGCUUGAAAAUUUGUGUUACCAUUGGAAAAAUCAAACAAAAUCAAACAGAAUUACCAUGUGUGGUUGAUCGUCACAUACAUCAACUGUUCACAUUCGUUUUGGUAUUAAUCCAUGUCAAAAAUUAGGAAAACUAAUUAGCUGUUUUUCCCUGAAUGAACAGUGAUACUCAAGUAUGAUAUUUCUUUUAAAGGGCUGUGCCUCCAGAUACUUUUGGUGAGGUCUGCUUUUUUCUGCAUUCAUCAUUUUUGCUACUUUUAUAAAGAACUAGUGUAUCUUUGAAAUAGCACAAGAAUGUUUUAAAAUUCUUAAUUACAAAAUGAACCUGAUACUAACUUAAUGUCUUUAGACCUAAAGCUUAUAAAAAUAUGGAUACUUCAAUAUUUCAUUACUUUCCAGGAAAAAAAAUACUCUCAAUCUUUUGUAAAAGGAGGAGGAUUUUUGCAUACAUUUUUACUCUUUAAAUAAAGACGCUUUUACUCUCAUAAUAACAA